GGGGAAAUACUGCAAAGAUGUUCAGGCAACUCAGUAUCACGAAGUUACUAUUGCUCUUUCUUCUUUCUCUUGCUGUAGUUAAAUCUGAUGAAACUGACUAUGAUGAAGAUGAGGUAACUGAUGCACCACCGAUUGAAAAUAAAGGUGAGGCGGUGGAUGCACGAGGUCAUAGGCCUUUGAACAAGAAACGGGAUCCACUUCCGACUCUCAGGCCAGUUCCCCUCCCUCCUGUUGGUGGUGUGAGAUACCGAGCACGUCCAACCAAAAAGCCUGUUACUGGUGCAAGGCUAGGCCCCAUCGUUUACCCUGAUAGUGGUGGUUGCAAACACUUGGCAGAGGAACUGGGUGUAUUAUGUCCAACAGGUUGUGAACUGAGAACCGAACUAUUGAAGCAAGAAAACACAGUGAAGCCAACUGUUAAGGAUCUACUAGACAAAACAAAGAAUCUACAUCAGUCCUCCACAACUAUCCAUACUUAUGCCCAUUUAUUGGAUGAACGUUUAGCCCAAAAGCAGAAACAAUAUAGAGAUAAUCAGAAUUUAAUUUCCCAAUAUAACAGAGAACUUGAGGACCACUACAUUUUCAUCAAAGAGAAAUUAGAUAACAACAUUCCAUCCAAUUUACGACUUCUUCGUUCAGUUGUGGAUACUCUGAACAAAAAGUUGCAAAAACUAGAAAACGCUAUUACGGAACAGUUGUCUAAAUGCCAAACCUCUUGUACAGUUUCUUGCAAUGUCCCAGUUGUGAGCGGCAAAGAGUGUGAAGACAUAUAUAGAAAAGGAGGUGAACGGUCUGAGUUGUACCUUGUUCAGCCUGAUCCUUUCGUUAAACCAUUCAAAGUGUAUUGUGAUAUGACCACAGAAAGUGGAGGUUGGCUUCUAAUUCAAAACCGCCAAGAUGGGAGUGUUGGGUUUGGAAGAAAAUGGGAUGCAUAUAAAAAAGGUUUUGGAAAUAUCGCUUACAGUGGUGGAAAGAACUAUUGUGACACCCCAGGUGAAUAUUGGCUUGGAAACGACAGAAUCAACCAGAUUAGUAAAUUGGGGCCUACUGAACUUUUAAUUGAACUGGAAGAUUGGGAUGGCAAUAAAGUUAAAGCUCACUAUGGAGGCUUCAGUAUUCAGAAUGAAAACAGCAAAUACCAGCUCUCCGUUAGUAACUACAGGGGCACAGCCGGAAAUGCACUUUUAGAAGGAGCUUCACAGCUAUUUGGUGAAAACAGAACAAUGACCGUCCAUAAUGGCAUGUUCUUUAGCACUUUUGACAGAGACAAUGAUGGAUGGAUAAACCCAGAUCCCAAAAAGCAAUGCUCUAAAGAAGAUGGUGGUGGCUGGUGGUAUAAUCGUUGUCAUUCAGCCAAUCCAAAUGGCAGAUACUACUGGGGUGGACAGUACAACCCAGAAAUGGCAAAACAUGGAACAGAUGAUGGAGUUGUAUGGAUGAAUUGGAAAGGUUCCUGGUAUUCACUCAAACAAGCCAGCCUGAAGCUGAGACCAAUUUCUCAGUAACAAUGAUUAUUUAAAUAAAUAAUUGCAAGUGUCUGAGA